AUGGCCUUUCAGUUGAUCCAACUUUCUGUUGAAAGAGUUGAUAAGAAAGUCGAUAGCCAGCUGACAAUGAUGUCGACCUAUGUAGACAUCUCUACUGUGUUCAAUUUCGACCACAGAGGUCAAUAUGUUGAAAUUUCCCCCGAUAGAACGAAAGCUCGUCGUCAAAUAGGUUUUUGUGAUGGGGUAGUUAUUUCUCAAAGCUUCAUCCGACCAGGCGAAGUGGUAGCUGUCGAAAUUACAGAAACACAGCGAGGUUGGACUGGGGAUUUGAGAGUCGGAUUCACUUUACUACCGGAUAACUUGCUCUUGCCUCUUCCCAGGUUUGCCCUACCUGCUUUGGUUUCUCCAGGUAGAAGUUGGAUUGUACCGGUUGGAACUGCUGUGGCCCUUCUUUUGUCGCAUCAUCAUCAAACUUACUGGAAACGACAGCAAUUAAAAUCUGGUCGUCAUUUGAGUAAAACCAAUAACAAUCCACCCACGUCGUUUGAUUCUGUCAAUAUGUUUUGCGAAAGACAAGUAGAUGUGCCCAGUAUGAACUCAAUCAGUGGUUCUGUCAAUAGUCCAAACGUUCUGGUAACUAAUUCUCAUAUGGAUAAACAACCUACACAUCUACAAGUUACUCCUCCCUUCUUUUGUGUCUGUUGUCUCCAUACAAAGCGUGGUCGAGUACCACUGAGCCAACUAGUACCAAAUGAGCUAGAACUUGCGCGACCUCCUGAUGUCGAAAAAGGUAGUGUUAUAGCCAUCUACUAUGAACUGGAGCCACUACCUACAGAUGAUUCAUAUGAACAAUGUACAAGUCUUCCGAUAGAUGGAACUAUGAACAUACUUAAUGAUAUUAGCAAUAUUCCGUCUAUAAUACCAGAUGAGAAUGUACAGAACCUUUUGAGGUAUACUUUAAACUCUACCGAAAGCGAAGAGGAUUCAGAUACGGAAAAACUGCUUUUUCUUUUUCGGUUUCAUAUUGUUAUUAAUGGCAUCGACAUGAUUGCAAUAGCAGAAACAGUGGCUAUUUCACCAUCUGAUUUUGAAAAGAAUCUAAUCAGUGUGGACUCCUCAUUUUCACCUGUCAAUGGAGAUGCAAGCAGUAUCAAUUAUAGUGUGACUAACAGUACUAGUGAAACUCCUGAAUCAUUGCCAACUUCUGAUCUUCAUUCUUCCGAUAGUAUCCCUUCUUCCACACCGCGUAUGCGGGCUGUUUUUGAUGUUUAUGGCCAAACUAAAGCAAUUCAAUUGCGGUCGUUACAACAGAAUUCAAUUGCACAAUUAAGCCGUUUAUGCUCGUGUGCUAUUCUACAUCAUAUAUUUUAUAUAUUUCAUUCCAAUCGUUUUCUAAACACUGAAACAUCUAAUUUUGAUUCAGAUAAUUCAUUUAAUAUAUGCUCCAAAUCUAGUAGAAUGCGUAAUUCACCACAAAUGAUUGUUCCAAAUAUGAUGAAAAAUAAUAGAUUUCGGAAAUUAUUUAUUAUGUUAGAUAAACUUCCACUACCUAGAGUUGAGCGACGUCGUUUACAACGUGAUGCUUUUGCUGUAUUAGCUCGAGGAAUUGCUGAUUAA